CAGAGUGUGUGGGGGGAGAAAUUCAUUGUAUCCUCACUUCAGGACAUUGUUAUACAAUAGCCUACACACAUGCGGGGUCUUUCUUAUUUUUUCCUCUUGAUCCUGAGCCGAGCGUCUUCAGCCACCUUCAAAGUCAUCGGCCUGGUUGGGCACAAUGUCACUUUGCCGUGUGUUUAUGACGCCCAAACUCAUGGCGUCCUGAGUUUCUGUUGGGGACAAGAGAAGGUGCCUCGGUCCAAAUGUUCCAGCACCAUCCUCUCCUCCCAGGAUGGGGCUGUGUCCUUCCGGCAGUCCCCCAGGUACCAGCUGCCGGGCCGGGUGACAGACGGAGACGCUUCCCUGACCAUCGUGGACGCUCAGUGGGCUGAUGCUGGUGUCUACGGCUGCAGGGUCGAGAUUCCCGGCUGGUUCAAUGACUAUAAGGUCAACAUCCAGCUUCUCAUGGAGGAAGCUCCCGUGGAACCGCCUGUUCAGAGUACACUUUCUACUGCUGAGGGAAAAGGUGACCCAACAGAAACGCCGACAACGUUUGAAACAAAAAAUGUGGAAGAUGAUGAACCAACAUGGACCAACGCUGGCUUAACCGGGAGUGUAAGAGCUGAGGAGAAAUUCAAAGGCUUCCUGGCAGUGGGGAACAUUGGCAGGGUGACAGCUAUUUUCUUCUUCCCCAUAAUCAUAAUCCUCGUCUUUAUUUUCCGGAGGAUGUUUCUGUCCAGGGAUGAUGGACAACGUCUCAACACCGUAACUGCCGAGAAUAUCUAUGAAAGCAUGCCAGUGCCGUAAUGAUGGCCAGCGUAACGCAGAUUUCUACGAGCAACUUCGGGCUGCAACGUUUUCUCUGUCAAAAAUCUCCAUCUUCUUAUUAACUCUUUGAACUCUUAUGAAUAUGAGAACAAAAAUGACCCAUUUCCACAGUGAAGCAGCAGUGAUGGCAGUAAAAAGGGUAAAUGUGAGUCAGAAGAUGCAAAACUAUCCCGCACGUUAAUUAAUUUGCUUUUAUUUUCCUUUUUUUCUGUGUUUUUGCCUUGAAAAGCAUGCAACUGGUUUAUACUUGUGGACACAAUGCCACCUACUGGACUGACUGAAUGCUGUUAUUCAGUCCUCAGAAAUGUGAAAAACACAGUUUGGUCGGUAAAAGAAGAUGGAAGUUGAAAUUAUGAGAGGCCCAGAGAUAUAUCGGUAUAUAUUUGCCAGUGUAAAUCACAAAACUAUGGUCAAUGAAGAGCAAGCUAAACACACAGACAGACCCCUUUUUUAAAUGUUUUUUUUUUAUUUUUAUUUUUUUUUACCACAUUUACAUUAAUAUUUUGAUAAAAUAGACUGAUGAGGCGACAUGACUCAAUUUAACAGUGAAACACUGAGAACCAAAAUUAUUCAGCAAAGUAAAAUAAGUUUGAAUUAGUUGUAUUUCUUCCUGUUUAGUGAAUUUUUUAUACAAAAGGAGCUGCUCUCGUAAUUUUCUGUGUAUUUUUCCUAUGAGAGAACCAGCAGAAAACUGAAUUUUGUUUAAAAAUCAAAUGUUGCGACACACAAGUCUCAUGACUGAUGGGAGGAAAUCAUUUAAAAUGUAUUCACUUUUUGUUUUUCCUUGAAAUCACUGAUGCUGUGUGCAGCUUUGUGAAAUAUAUUUCUAGAAAGAC